AUGCAGGUGCCCAACAGACCGGUGGGAGCUUAUGGAUACUCCGUGCGUAAUUACGCACCGGCAUCGCUCUACCCGCAGUACCAGGGCGCGACGAAGCCUGCCAGCGGGAAAUCUUUCACCAUCGAUGCUUUGCUCGCCAAGCCGGAGAACGCACCCAGCUGCCGGGCGAGUCCUCCUCCGUGCGGAGAGAAAUACCACCCGGGAUACCCGGUUCUGCCCCUCCCGGGACACGCGGGCUUACCGAUGGGUGCGUCACCUUACGCCUACUCUCCGAACAUGUUGCACUCCGUGCUCCACGCGCAACCCGGAUACUCGGUCUACUGCUGCCCACCUUUCUCCUACACAUCCUCGUGUCGAGGAGCAUUUUACACACAAGCUUCAAUGUCCAAAGUGAACGCGGGGCUGCACUCUUUCAAAACUAAAGGAGGCAAGUCGAAACGGAUGCGCACCAGCUUCACCAGCGAGCAGCUGUCCCGGCUGGAGAAGGAGUUCGCGCGGCAGCAGUACAUGGUGGGGUCGGAGCGGUUCCUCCUGGCCUCGGCCCUCCAGCUCACAGAAGCUCAGGUCAAAGUCUGGUUCCAGAACCGACGCAUCAAGUGGCGCAAACAGAGUCUGGAGCAGCAGCAGGCCAAGCUGGCCAAACUGGGCCUGGCCGCGCCGCUAAAAAGCCCCGGUUCUGAGGGCCAGGGGGACGAAGUGGACGAGGACGAGGAGUUCUCCGACCUGGACGUGGACAUUGAUGUGUCUGAUGACUCUGCUGAGCACUGCUGACCGGACACCACUGGACUCUUUGAGACUUUUUG